UAACUAGCCGUGCAGUUGUAUCAGAAGGACUGCUGAUUCAUCUGAUUUGGCGGACUAUUUCAUUUAUUUUUGCGCUCCAUGCCGAAACGAUGCGUUGCAGGCUUUUGUUCCAACAUCCCGGGGAGUGGUAUAAGCCUUUUCCGGUUCCCAAAAGAUCCCGUUCGCCGGGAAGAAUGGGUAAAACAAGUACGACGAACCAGGGACAAAUGGUCACCUUCCGAUACCUCAGUGUUGUGUUCGGACCACUUCACUAAAGACUGUUUCGAUCCUGUUCCUCUGCGGAAAGUUGAGAUGGGACUUUCAGUGCAACACACCAGAACUCUACUUGAGACAGCUGUACCAACGAUUUUCCCCCGUCGUCAGCAUGGAGCCAGUGGCAGUGGACGAAGCGGUCACAACCCAAAAAGCCAACCAAAAAAGUCAGCCGCCAUUGAAAAACGGAAGAGGAAGGCGGCAGUACAAUCGAUGAUACGAGAAUACCAUCCCCGUUCAAAGAAACAGUGCAUAGGUGUUGAUCCAGAUGCAGAAAAUGCUGAGUUGGAGGAACUUGCCACUGGGCCGGGUCCCAAAUUGCUCGACGAGUCCAGUCAGGUUUCACUUUGUCCACCAAGCCAGAAUGCUGCUGCUAGUGCUGCUUUGCGACAUCAAACACAACAUAAAGGUGUCCAGACAACAUGCGGGCCCCUCAUGAUGACUGUCGGUACCCAAACCUCGGUUGUCAACUCUGAGCUGAACUUUAACACCAACAGCUGGGACUCUGAUGAAGAAAUGUUGGUGUGCGACACUAAUUCUGAGUAUGACCUACACACUGCCCCUUCUGACUGCGAAUCCAGCGAGUCCGAUUGGCCUCCUACGGCUGCGACCGACCCUACGCCAGUUCCCAGCCAGAUAUAUCUGAUCUACUGGGUCGCCCUCAUUCAGCUCAUCAGCCAGUGGGUCAGUUGUCCAGCGUGUGGUUGCAGGAAGGUCACGUGGGUCCCUUCUGAGGUCGGAACCAUGUUGGUGCUGGCCUUGAAGUGUGCUGAGCCUGGAUGUGGUCACACCGGAACGUGGAACUCCCAACCAUAUGUCGGCAAAAUGGCUGCUGGAAACAUAUUUCUUUCUGCAGCUAUUUUAUUUGCUGGUGCAACUGUGGGCAAAGUUCUGCGUGUUUUAUCUCACAUGGGUGUAGCUAUUUACUCCACUCGGUCAUACUUUCGCCAUCAAGAACGCUACCUUCACGAAGCCAUCAAAACCGUGUGGCGACAGAGGAAAAUUGGGCUGUUGAGCCAUUUACAAGCUGAGGGAGAGGAAAUUGUUUGUGGUGGCGACGCACGAGCGGACUCACCCGGUCACAGUGCGAAAUACGGGACGUACACGAUGAUGGAACUGCGGAAACCAACCAUCUUGGAUGUGCAGAUUGUGCAGAGUAACGAGGUAGGAGGUAGCUACCACAUGGAGCCCGAAAGACUGGUCCGGUCACUGCGUGUUCUGGAACAGUUUGUGCGUGUGGGAACUCUGGUGACGGAUGGACACGUCACUGUCAACACGCUCAUCCGACAACAGUUCCCACACAUUAAGCAUUUCUUUGACAUCUGGCAUAUUGGCAAAAGUUUGAAGAAAAAGUUGGAGAACCUCAGUAAACUGCGUGGAUUUGAAGCCCUAAAACCCUGGAUUGGCAGUAUCAUCAACCAUUUGUAUUGGUCUGUUUUGUCGACGCGAUCAGGGAACCCCGGGCUAGUCCUUGACAAGUGGCAGUCAGUACUGAGCCAUAUCCAGAAUGAUCACUCGGGUUUCAAAGGCAGUUUCCCCAGGUGCAGCCAUGGUCCUUUGGUAGGACGGGAACAGAAAAAGCCUUGGCUCACGCCUCACACUAAGUUGACCAAUGUGUUGGAGAAGCUGAUCUGUAGCUCCAAACUGUUGGCCGACAUCGGCCGGCUGUCUCCGGUCUACCAGACUUCCCACCUGGAAGCUUUCCACAGUCUGGUGAACCAUUUUACACCCAAAAUGUUCACCUUUUCUUACGAGGAGAUGCUCAGCAGGACGAUUGUGGCUGUUCUUCACUUCAAUGAAAAUGCCCAUCGAGCCCACAGCUUAACCCAAGACGGAGUGGGAAUUUUUAGCAUCCACUUCCCAAAGUCGAAACAAUGCGGCCAUAUUGUGCGCAAAGUUUUGGAGAACCCCACAUUUGAUUAUGUCAGUGAGCUGAUGUCGGCGGUGGAGAGGCUUGUGCAGGACGUCAGUGACGUAGAGCCAGAUGAAUUGGAGGCGAUACCGGCUGUGCCAGAGGCUGGGAGGUUACCCCUCAGCAGCAGCUGUCAGCGACCUGACAAAGAACAGGCGGUCGGGGAUCAUGUCACACGUUUUAAUGUGCCAUGAUUGAGCUUGUACAAGAACCUUUAAUUUUGUAUAAUUGAGUUCGCCAAUUCUUGCGUUGUCUUCUUUUCAAAAAUAUGAUUAUGUGAGCUAUUUUAUUUUUUAAAGGUACGUUCGGUUCGAACCCUUUGUAAUUAUGUUUGUAUAUAUAAAAUGUAAUGGCAUACUUGAAUUCUUGUGAGUAAAAACAUUUUGUGUAUUUUGCUACAUCAUUGUCUUGAGCUUAAUACAGUAGCAAUUCAGGUUUUUACUUGUACCAGCUUGUCAGCAAUAAGUAUCCUAUAACGUC